CUAUUCUGAAAGUGGUGAGCUGGCUUAGAAGAGCGGCAGAAGACACUGUGACGAUCACUCUUAAUCGAAUUCAUUUCAAGAAAUGGUUUCUUGAUAAUGUUUCUUGAUAUGCUUUUUUUAAAAUACAAGAUUUCAUGUGGAUUUUUCAUUUAUAAUUUAGCCCUCCACCGUCCCACAAUCUUCCUCACGAUGACCAAGCUUCUGGAGUGGCUUCUUGGUGUGUCGCUGAUUGGUGUGGCAUGGGGACUCGUUACCUUUGACCUCCUUGAUUUGAAGUUUCCUCCCCAGUACAGAGAGCUGGCAUGGCCCAUGCCUGUAUAUCUGCUGGUGGCGUUUGGCUGUUAUUCACUGGCAACUGUCGGCUAUCGUGUGGCCAUGUUUAAUGACUGUGAGGACGCAGCUAAAGAAUUGCAAGCACAAAUAAAAGAAGCCAAAGAGGAUUUAAAGAAGAAGGGACUGAAGAUAGCUUCUCCAGCCCUCUUUCAUGUUGGAUAACAGUAAGAGACAUAUGCUGUCUGAGGAAGACUUGUGUCAUAUUUCUCUCCACACGAUGCCCAUGCUGCGUCCAGACAAGUCGCUGCUGUUCUCCAACCUGCUUCCUUUCACCGAUGACUGAAUACGAGAAGAAGCGAACGUGAUAUUAGACAAAACACGCACAUGAACAGCCUGUACUGACUUCAACAUAUACUUCAUGGUAAAUGAUGUGAUUACUUUAUAUCGCGUUUGCAUAGCCAUCUAAAUAAUUACAAAAGAAGCGCGUUAUUAACUAAAGAAUGCUCUUUGACUUUUACAGCGCGUUUUAUCAGAUGAGUAACAGAAAUGGGAUACAAAGCCACAGUAUUUGCCCCGACUCGCACAAGGAUAGAACAUGCUAAGCAUAUUUCUUGAUCAAAGUCGUGUGUGUGUGUGUGUGUGUGUGUGUGUGUGUGUGUGAAUGCAGACCCUCUCACAAUGCGUAUUUGUAGCUCAAGGACAAAAGCUUAACAUAUUUAUCAUAAGCACAGAAACAGAUGUGCAGGACCAACUUAAUGCUUUAUCUUGAAAACAGAAAAAUGCAGAAGUAACAUUCUCAAUCUUCAGGACAUAUUAAAAGCUGAUAAGAGAGGGCCAGCAUUUUUUCCAGAUGCGAGAUGAAUAAUACGCAGGAAGGAGGGAGAGAUCUCGCCCUCUUGUUUUUUUUUUGAGGCUGUCUGACUCUGCAGUUCAUUCAAUUCAAGAGCAGUUCAAUUUUAAAAUGAAAAAAACGUGUGGAAUCACAUUCAGCCUAUUAGUACAGAAAACAAUUUUGGCUGAUCCUUUCAGUUUGUAAGGUGAAAACUGCAUUUGCAUUAAUACACUUGAAAAACAUGAAAAAUGAGUUGCAUAUUAUACUGUUAUAAUUAAAAUGUGCUGACUAGAUAUUAAUUAUUUAGAAUGCUUUAAUAAAAAAAAUCCUACUGAUAAUAAACAUACUUAUUUUUGCCAACUUUUCUGUUAUCUGUGCCUAAACAGAUGUGCUUUUUCCGCAUCACGCUGAACUCUGUCUCCACACGUAAUUUUUCAUACGCCUCCCGUUGUUCGUUUAUUGCUCGUUUGACCGACUCUUUGCGGUUUCUCUUUAGCAAUAACGACUAUUUAAAGCAAAAGUCCUCUAGCGAAGUGCCACUUCUUCUCUUUAAACUCCCUAAACUCUUGAGAGGAGGUCAGACGGUUAAGAGAGGGGCUGAUUUACAGUCGGAGGGUCAAAGCUCUGAAAACACACGGUCAGGGUGUGAGCUGCGAAACCAGUCUGCAGCGUGACAGCUGCUUUUACGGUCACAGCCGUAAAAAAGAAGAGAAAAGAAAAGAAAAGAAAAAGGCCUCUGGAGAUGAGCAGGAGGAAGGGAGGAACAAUAGUGUGUAGGAGACAGAGACGGAGAGAGAGAGAGAGAAAAAAAGAGUGAAGGGAAGCGAAGAACCGAGGCUGAAAGAAAUGAAGGGAGAGCGAGAGCAUGAAAAAGACAGAGACAAUGAUAGGUAAAUAAAACAAAGGAAGGUGUGAAAGAAAAGGUGGCGCGGGAAUGUACUGUGCAUGAGGAGGGUAUAAAAUACAACCUGAAGGAAGUUUAUUUUUUUCCUUUUUUUUGACUGUUCCUCCACAAAACAGAGGCGCUUUAACUUCAUGAUGUGUUGAGAUAAGCCAUUUCAUCUUUUCAUCCUUUCAUCUUUUCAUUUUCUGUGACAUUUGUGAGCUUUUUGCCCAUUCGUCAUUUUCUAACAAUCAAAUUUUAGCGGAUCUCUCGUUCAGCAAAGGGUGGCGAGCUGACAAAAUGUAUAGUUAGUAAAAAAACGAAUCUUUUCACGUAGAUAUAAGAAAUCUGUAACUUGUUAGAAACACAGUUACCAUAGGUAACUAAAUUAAGGCUGAAACUGAAAUUAAAACCAUAGAAACCAUUUACUUUUUCAUUUUAUUUUAGCUUAACAAUGUACUUAAAUAACUACAGCUGAAAUAAAAAUGAAUAAAUACUAUUUAGAUAUACCUAAUAAAGAAAAACAUAUGAAAACUUUAAAUAGAAAUAUGAUUCAUACAUAUAUAUAUAUAUAUAUAUAUAUAUAUAUAUAUAUAGUUGGAGCUUGAAGCAUGUCAACAUCUUUUUUUAAAGACCGAAAUGAAAAGAAUGAGAUCUUCUUAAAUGGAAGACAAUAACUGUGCAUUUGUUUACUGAGCCGUCUGGCAAAAGCCCAAGUUUAGGCUGAGCACAAAGGGAAGAGUCACACCUGUGUGUUAUCCCCCUGAAACACACACACACACAUGGUCAAACUGAUGCCUCUGACCUCCGACCAUUGUACACUUUUUCCUGUCACCGGUGAAACAUAAACCCCGAGAGACAAAAUACUCCAUCCUAUUGACACAAAGACAAGACAAUAUGGGCUUUUGCUCGGCUUGGGAAUGAUCAUUAACCUACAUGAGCUUAUACAACUGAUCAAAACAUACAAUACUGUAAGAAACACAGCUAGCAAAAGGAAGGGAUAUCAGUGCAGCAUUGUUUUGCGUUCGCUAAAUACAUACACGCCGUCAGUAGAAAUGUAAAAAACGCAAGGCUGGCGGCAAUCGCAUUUUCCAAAAAUAUCAUUUAUUUUCACAUAGGAAUCUUCACAUUAACUGUUUUGUUUUUUUUUGUUUUUUAUCAAACGUCUCUUUUUAUAUAUAAUCCUCUUUAUAUACAUAAUAUACAUUUUACACAAUAAAUGUACAAAAUAAGAAUACGAGAAUGAAACAAAACAAAACAAAAGUCAAAAACUGAACGGGAGUGAUCUAACGUUAGUGGUGUACAGCUGCGUCAGUCGUACGAACAACUCAAGCAGCUGUAUCAGGCCAGAGUCAGUGUAUGUGCUGUUUAGUUCAUAGUGCUUUAGCGGAUUAGUGUUAUAUACGUGUGUCCAUCUCAAAUUGUAAACUCUGUCCAGUUUCCCCACACAAACGGUUCCUGGUAUUAGAUUAAUAA